AUGCUGCCAGUGUGGAAACAAUUAAUGUUGUUGAUGUGGAAAAGUAUACAAAUCAAAAAGAGACAAAAAACCUGGUUGGCUCUUGAAUUAUUACUCCCAAUUCUUCUAUUUGGUAUUCUUGCAUUAGUGAGAGCGAGGAAUUUCACGGAAAUAUAUUCAACAUGUCACUAUGAUGCCAAGGCUUUUCCGUCCGCCGGAAUAAUGCCUUUUCUUCAGAGUUACUUGUGUUCCUUCACAAAUCCCUGCUUUAAAAGCCCAACAACAGGUGAUGAUACCGCCAAAAUUAAUAGUGAAAGACGCAGACAAACAGUCAUUGUUACGAUUGCUAGAAGUAUAGCAGAAAUGUGUGUUGCAAUAGGUACAGAACCAAUCAAAUGGGCUAACCUAUCAGAUUCGAUCAUCUCACUCAUUAAUACAUUCGCUCAUCUCCCACCAAAUGUCUUCCAGAAACCCAUUCCCUUACUUUCAUUUUUCAAUUCCAUCGACGAAAGUAUCGAAUUCUUCAAAUCAGCUUUAAAUAUCAGUGAUGAAUUGUUUGUCAGUUUAAGUCAUAGUCAAAUUAUACCACUUCAUGCUUUGAAAGCUAUCAAAGAGAUUUCAUUCCUGGCAAGCAGUAGAAGUUCUACUUUGAGGAAAGUCAGUAUGUUGUGCAAGUUGAUGCUUCGUACAAUAAGUUCACCCUAUGCGACUGAUAUAUUUCACUCUGAUUUAUUAUGCGAACAACUUGGAAGUAAAGCAUUGCAAAAUGUUACGCAAUUUAAUGCUAACAAAAAUGCAAUGAUAUUAAAAGCUUUGCACAAUUACCUUAAAUUUGUAUUGGCAAAUAAUACUAGCAUGGAAUAUGAAGAGCUGCUGAAUAUGUUCAACACAUUGCGUAACAUUUGGAAUGAUCGAAUAAUCCGAAAGUUCAUUUCAGUCUUAUCACUCAUUGAUUUCAGUAAUUACACUUCAAUAAUAAGUGCUUUACACUGUGGAAAUAAUCCUUACGGUCCAAGUUCGGAUGAGAGAAAAUUCGUUCCUCAUGCAGCAGCAACAGCUGUAUACAACGCUGACAAAGACAAAAUAUACACUUUUUUGCGUCACGUAACACCUCGACAUAGUGAACAACAUGAUAAGAAACGAUUUUGUGGUUCCAUUCCGAUUCAUUCAGACAGGAACUGUUCAUUCCUGGAAGGUGCGGCUUUGUCUCAACUAAUGCCACUGAUCAAUGGUUAUAUUCUUCUGGCUCCAGCUUCUCCUGUUGUUAAGGCAUUUGCCGAAAAGAUAUCGGAACCACUUCGGUGGGCCAGUUUACUGCAAAGCUCAAUCAUUGAUUUUAAUCGACUGGCGCCACCUUUACAGGAUGUUUUAUUCGAAAGCAAAUUACGCCCAGCCUCUCAGAAUAUUAUAAAAUUAUUGAAACUGCUGGAGAAGUCGGGCAUUUUAAGUAGUGAUCUGGUAUCGUCUCUAUCAUCAACAUUAUCAGAUAUGUUCAAUGUUUCAUCUCAUCCAUCAUCCUUGCUUAUGCGGAUUAGAUUUAUAACGCUGAAGUUGGAAGAAAUUUUACAGUGCUUUUCAUUCGAUCGUUUUGUUGUUGUUUCUGAUGAAGAGGAAAUGAUCGAUCGUGCUUUAUGUUUAAUGGAUUACAAGCAAUACAUGUCUGGAAUUGUUUUCCUGCAUAUUAAUGAAAAGUCUACAAAAUUUCCACUCAUAAUAACGUAUAAAAUUCGUCAUCCACCCGAUUAUAUUGAUUCAACAAGACAAUUAAUAGAUUCACUUGGUCAUCAGAUAUCACGUGAUAAUUAUUUGGUUGAUUUAAAAUAUCUAACAUCUGGAUUCAGUUUUCUUCAAGAAGCUACAAAUAAAAUUCUUAUCGAAAAUGCUACCGAUCGCAAGUACUCGACGGGUUUGUUUGCGCAGCAGGAGCCGUAUAAAUGUGUCGCGAUUGAUAAGUUCUUUAUAUUGAAUUUUCUGGGAUUGUUUGUUAUUCUAUCGUGGAUGAUACCAUCAGCAUUGCUAGUUAAAAAUAUUGUUUAUGAGAAAGAGAUGGGAUUGAAGGAAAUGAUGAGAAUUAUGGGACUUAGUGAUUCGAUCCACUGGAUUUCUUGGAGUUUGCACUCUUUCAUCCUCACUUUUAUUUCACUUCUAUUCAUUUCUAUUUUACUUAAGUAUGGAGGGCUUUUGCCUGUAACGGAUUUCUUAGUUCUGAUUAUUUAUUUCUCAUCCUUCUCAGUAGCUUGUAUAGCACAAUGUAUCUUCAUUUCGACAUUAUUUUCUCAAACAAACAUAGCAUCAGCUAGUACUGCCGGAUUAUUUUUUCUUUUAUUCUUUCCAUACCAAAUAUCUUUCCGGACACAAUCUUUAACAUUUGUGAUAAUUACGUUACUUUUUCCUCAAACAGCAGUAGCAUAUGGUUUUGAAAUGAUCUAUUUAGCGGAUAAUAAUUAUAUCACUGAUUGGUCAUCACUUCUUUCCAUUCAUGUUUCCGGAUUACGCAUUACUUUAUUGACCGUGCUAAUAGCAUUUGCAAUGGAUACAUUUAUUUAUAUUUUUUUGGCUUGGUAUAUCAAUACUGUUUUCCCAGGUACUUAUGGUGUUCCACAACCAUUUUAUUUUUUCCUUACCACACGAUACUGGUUCGGUGAUGAGUACGUAAUGCGGUCUGUAUCAGAUCCUCAUUCUAUAAUUCCCUUUGAAGCAUCAGAUAAUUAUGAACAGGGACCGAUUGAUUUGAAACUUACGAUUGACAUUUGUAAUCUUGUCAAAGUUUAUGGAAAUAGAACAAGAGCGUUUCAGUUAGACGGCUUAAAUAUGCGAUUCUACGAAUCACAAAUAACUGCCUUACUUGGACAUAAUGGUGCGGGUAAAACAACAAUUGUUUCAAUUUUAACUGGUUUAUCACAGCCAACAUCAGGUACCAUGUUUGUUUACGGUUUAAAUAUUCAGAAGCAUAUGCGUACCAUACGUCGUUUCAUUGGUAUAUGUCCACAGUAUAAUAUUCUCUUUGAUAAGUUGACCGUUAUCGAACAAUUGAAAUUUUAUGGUGCUUUAAAAGGCAUUCCAAGCGAUCGACUUAAUGAUGAGGUCGAUAGAACAGUGGAGGAUCUUGGUUUCACUUCCUCAAAAAACAAACUUUGUAGCCAUCUUUCAGGUGGUAUGAAACGUAAGUUAUGUAUUGGUAUUGCUUUAAUUGGUGGUUCAAAGUUGAUAAUUCUCGAUGAACCAACAGCGGAUGUGGAUGCCCAUGCACGACGUUCUAUUUGGGAUAUAUUGAUCAAAAAUAAAAAAGAUCGUACGAUAAUCUUAUCAACACAUCGUAUGGAUGAAGCAGAUUUAUUGGCUGAUCGUAUUGCUAUAAUAUCAGAAGGACAACUUCAGGUUGCUGGCUCACCGUUGUUUCUCAAAAAGAAAUUUGGAAAUGGACUAUAUUUGAAUAUUUUAAAAGCAGCGAAUACUGCAGAAGUAUGUGAAAGUUCUUUGGAAAAUUUUUUGCUGAAACAAACUGAUGGACAAUGUGUACUUGUGGAACAAUAUGAAAAUGAAGCAUUGUAUCGCUUACCUAUCGAUUUAACUGCAAAUCAAUUAAAGCAGUUAUUUGAAAAAAUUGAGAAAGCAAAACAUGAACUCAACAUUACAAAUUAUAGUAUUACAUCUCCAACACUUCAGCAGGUUUUCUUGCAAUUAGCGCCAGCAGAAGAACAAGCCUUGAAAAAGGAUUAUGAUAAAUGUUGCUGUUCUUACCUUUCCAGGAGACUGCACAGUCUUCUAUACUCUAUCAACGAAAAUGCCUUGGAUAAUUCUACAAGUGAAUCACACACAUUAUCAGUAACAGAUCAUAAACAUCCAUCCGUGGAAUAUGUGAACAAUAAGGCUUCUUUACGGAAACAACAUUUUAGAACCGUUAUUAACAAACGUUUGAAUGAAUCCAGGCGAAAUAUUAUGAUUAUAUUUGUCGAGUUUCUAAUACCAAUCAUUUUGGUGUUUGGAGUUGAAGUGUACAGCAAAUUUCUUAGCAAACAUUAUUCAAGCUAUAAACCGGAAACGGCACCUCCCUUAGAAUUAAUCAGUGGAAUUUAUGGAAACUGGACAUUAGGUUACUUCAGCCUCGAAAAUCAAAAUAAGGCUACGAAAGGUGCGAAGUAUUUAAAAGCUAUGACGUCAUUUCCGGGGAUUGGUGUUCGAUGCAUCAAUCAUAAUCCUGUCAGUCCAACUUUGGAUGGAACAAUCUAUCCGUGCUACAUCAAUGCUACUUUCUUGACAAACCUUACUUUGCCAUCAAAAUUAGUUCCUUUUAACGUCCCGCAAAAAUGCGGUUGUGAUUUAUCGGGUUGGAAUUGUACAACGCCAAAUGAUUUUAAUUAUAAAUUGAAUAAUGUAACACUUCCAACUGCUAAUAUUAUUUAUGAUGUUACUUAUCGAAAUAUUUCGCAGUUUCGACUACUCACUUCUGAUUUGGCUGUUAAAAAUUCUUUUAUGAUUGGCGGUUGGCAGUUUGCACAGUUCAGCACAGUCGCCUUGAAUGAUACAGAAAAAUCGUAUGCGCAAAUUGGUUGGCAUAAUUUAUUGAGUUUUAUGGAGAAAGCAGCAAAAGUAUGGAAGAUUGAUUGGCAGCAUGCUAUAGCCAAUGUAAGCUUUGUUGAGAACCCAUUCAAGCCUCGGAAUAGAACUUUUAAGGAUCUUGUUGUUGUUUCAAUGGCAAAUUUUGACACGGAAGAAAACAGUAAGAUAUGGUUCAAUAACAAAUUAUGGCAUUCGUUACCUAUUUUCACCAAUGCUUAUCAUAACGCAAUUUUACGCUCGCAGAGUUCGUCAGAUCCUGCAAAUAUUGGAAUUCUCACUUAUUCACAUCCAAUGAAUUAUAGUUUAUCAUCAUAUAUCAAUAAUAUUCCACUAGUUAGAAUAAUAUCUUUCCGUAUAAUUCUCUUGCUACUGGCUAUUUCGCUUUUUACUGCAUGCUUUUGUUUGCCACUUGUUGAAGAACGUAUAUCACUUAGUAAACAUUUGCAAAUGAUAUCAGGUCUUACACCUCUUAUCUAUUGGCUUGCUAAUUUUAUCUUUCAUACUAUAAUAUAUUUAAUAGUUGCCGUUAUUAUCAUCGUUUCAUAUAAUAUUAUGGCUGUUGAUCAUUUUGUUAUCAGUCCUUUCUAUUCUGUUUCACUUUUCAUCCUGUUGUUUUGUGCCGGGUUGUCAUUAAUUUCUCUUACUUAUUUGUGUCAAACGCUAUUCAGCUUACCAUCAUUGGCGUACAUUGUUGUUGGUAUUGUAUUCUUCUUCAUCGGAGCGAAUUGCAUUAUGAUAGUCAUUUUCUUAGAGAAUCAAAUGUUAAAGGAUGAAGCGUUAGUAAUCGCUUAUCAAAUUUGUAGUGUAUUAUUUAUAGCACUUCCUCAUUACAAUCUUGGAAUGGCUGCUUACCGAUUGAGUUUUGUUGGUGUGUUACGAAUGCAAAGUGAACUAUAUCUCAAGGAUAUAAAUCGAAAGGAUCAAAUUAAUCAUCUACCGUUACCCAAUCCGCUUGAAUGGCAUUUGAUGGGGAAGCAUUUGAUAGCACUUAUCAUAGAAUUUUGUUUAUGUUUGCUGAUGUUACUCUUAAUCGAAUAUCGUUAUUGUUUAAACUCAUGGAUGAAAUAUCGCGAAUUUGUGCGAACAACGCAGCUAAUCGCUAAUACGGAAGAGUCUGAACUAGAUGAAGAUGUCAAAGUGGAACACGCACGAGUGGAUGCAUUAAGUUCAGAACCAAACGAAGACCAUAGACUGAUUGUCAGUGACGUGUCGAAGUCCUAUGAUGGACAAACAUUAGCAGUGCGUAAUGUUUCAUUCGCAGUCAAAAAUGGGGAAUGUUUUGGAUUAUUAGGUGUGAAUGGAGCCGGCAAGACAUCAUUGUUUCGUAUAUUAACCGGACAAGUAUCAGUUGGUACUGGUGACAUACUUAUUAACAAUAAAAGUAUUCAAUGCGAAAGCUCAAGCAGUUUGACCAGUUGUGGCUACUGUCCACAGUUUGAUGCAUUAAAUCCAAAAUUAACAGCACGAGAACACCUUCGUCAUUAUUCGCUUCUUCGUGGUGUUAAAAAAGAGGAUGUAGAUAUGGUGGUGAAUUGGGCACUGAGUAAGCUACAACUGAAUCCUUAUGCUGAUGAGAUCGCUUCGAAUUAUUCGGGUGGCAAUAAGCGUAAAUUGUCGCUUGCUAUUGCUUUGGUCGCCGAUCCGCCAUUAUUACUGCUUGAUGAACCAAGUGCUGGAAUGGAUCCAUUAGCGCAGCGUUUUAUGUGGAAUAUUUUGCUAGCGCUACGGAAAAAUAAGCGUGCGAUGGUAAUAACGUCACAUAGCAUGGAAGAAUGUGAAGUACUUUGCAGUCGAAUAGCAAUAAUGAAUCACGGACAACUUCGAUGUGUUGGAUCAAUUCAACAUCUAAAACAUAGAUUUGGUGAAGGAUAUACAUUAACAAUCAGAUUAUCAACUAAUGAAAGCAUAAGUAAAGUUCAAAGUUUUAUGGAAAUUCUUUUACCUGUCGCACGAUUGGAAGCUGUACAUUUCUUAACUAUGUUUUACCAAAUUCCAAAUGUAUCAUGUACAAUUGCAGAUGCAUAUGAUGUGAUAUGUAAGAUGCAAGAAACUAUACAAAUUGAUGAUUAUUCGCUAUCACAAACAACACUGGAUGAUAUGUUUGUUUCAUUUGUCAAUUCCUCGGCCGACAAAACUGCUGGUUGA